AUGAGAAGAAUUUUUGUAUCCUCCCCUUCAUCCCAUUACUCCGCAUUAUCAUCUACAUCUUCAUCAUGUCUCGUAUUUAAAAAUCAUCAACAACAACAACAAUAUAGAAAAUUUACUUCAUUGAAUACUUGUGUGAGGAAUCAAACAACAUCAUCGGAAGAAUAUUCAAAUUCACUUUUAAUUACAGAAGCCUGUGCUAAAAGAAUUAAAGAUAUCAAUGAAAAGAAGGGUGCACACGAUAGAAUGUUACGAGUUAUUGUAGAGAGUGGUGGUUGUAGUGGAUAUCAGGUUGAAUUUACUUUUUCUAAACAAGUAGAACAAGAUGAUCAAGUAUUUAUUCAUAAUAAUUAUCCAGAAUCUAAAGUUAUUGCUGAUAGUAUUACAAUGAGUUUUAUUAAGGGUAGUACUAUUGAUUUUGUAGAGUCGAUGGCUAAAACAGCCUUUGUUCUUGAAAAGAAUCCAAAUGCUGAAACUGGUUGUAGUUGUGGAACUUCAUUUAGUGUAAAAUCAAAGGAGUAA